UCGCUCGGUGAGGACCUCAGCGGCACACGCGGACUCGACCCUCUCUCUCUCUCCGUGUCUCUCGCCUCCGAGUUCUCGCGCCCUGACUCACCUCUCCCGGCUCUGACGUCACUCAAGUUUUCAACGUGUUUCAGAGUGAACGCGCUGGAUUUCGGAACAUCGCUGUCGAGUCCUUUUUGUUGAGUUUAUUUGGUGUCUUAUCUGAAGAUUUAUUGGAUAUUAUACUCUCCAACGGGUGACAAAGAUAAAAGUGACGUUCAUUCAUUUUGUUUAUCCGUGGAGUGCAAACAAACGUGUCUUGACAAGUUGUUUCACGUGUAGAAAUAACAAUAACAAGUGUUCUGUGAUAUCACUGACGUGACAGGUGAAUAAUUCGGUAAGACUAUCAUCUUUCCGAACCAAAAUCAAGCUACCAUAAACAAGCAAAGGUGAAGAAAGUGUUUACGAAAACUUGACUGCUCUCGCGCGCCAGCCUCGCCGCCAAAAUGGUACACAAGAUCCUAUCCGAGCUGCUGCCCACAAAGAACUACAAGGUCCUCCGAGACUACGAAAACCUGCCAGAAAAGGUGUGGCUCUAUCCGGAGGAAGGAUGGGCGCGCGCCUCCUGCAACAGCCACUGGCUCCUCAAGACGCCCUGGUGGUCGCGUCGCCACUGCUACGUCCUCGAGGUGGAGGGAACCAAAAGGCACAAGACGGUGGCGCGAGUGAUGCCAGCGCGGGAAGGCGAGGUCGUCGUCGAGGGCACCUUCAGAGGCAUCCCUGACCCCGACUUCCGUUUGGUGUUGACCUCCAGCUUGACCCCUGCUGACCAGCGGCGAGGUUACCAUAUGACCGGGUCACUCGAGAGAGGAGACCGGAAGACGGGUCUGUGGCAGACGACCCACCUCGCUGUUACCAAACGCUCCGGCUUCUCCUGAAGGUGGAACGUCCGCCUCCUCUUCCCGGUGUUCCGUCACUGGCGGCCCUUCACUUCCGCCCGCGCCCACGCUCCAAAUAUUCCCCAGCUCUGACGGGGGGAUCGACUGUGAUCUCAUCCUCACCUGGUGCAAGACUGAGGACCAGAAGUCAACCUACUUGACGAAGCUGAAUUCAUCGGCAGAGCUACACGAGGUCUUUCCGAAGACUUCGCUCUUGUAGGCUCGCUGUUGCUUUGAGUGUGUUUGAUUUACCUCGUGAGACUGGCGAUAUCCUCAUGAUAAUACUCCUUUAAUAUAAUGAUGGAUAUAUUGAAUGAGCACUCACUCCUAAUUGCUCGGCCUGUCAUCUGGAGAAACGCCAGUGACAGACGCAAGCGAAGUUAGUAACAAAUGUGAUUAAGAACUCCUAACUAUAACAAUCAAGCUCGAGGUCGCAACUUGUAUAAUGCUAAAGUUCAUCUCCUUGUAUCGCACGCUGUAUGUCCCCUUGACUGAUGAUAAAAUCUCCUGUGAUCUAAUUAUACAAAGUGUCGAUAGUUCACUUCCGGACAUCUCUUGCUCUUCGACCUUAAUGAUGCCAAACCCUACGCACGUGGUCUCUUACUCCCACUUGCUCUCGAUCUCGCUCUUUAUUUAUCUAUAUAGCUAUCUAGCGGUCUAUCUACCUAUCCGUGCAUCUAUAUAUCUAUCCGUCUAUCCACCCAUCUACCAGUCUAUAACUUAGCUAUCGACAAUACAAUAACCUUGUCCAUGUUAGUCUAAGUGGGUGAUCAAAACUAUACAGCAUGAUACACAUACAUGUCUUUUGCACCAAAAGAAUACUAUAAAUAACACUCUUUCUUUGAUAUUGAAGAAAAGUGCCUUAAGUGAAUAAACUUUUAAACUGAUCUCGUCCUAAGUAGCAUCUUGCAAUGGCCAAUGUAUCUGAUUGUUUGUGAUGAAGCUCGGGUUUGAAUACACGUGUUAUAAUGACAUAUGUCUAUAAGGGUGUUUGCGCAGGUGUGUGUGUUAGCGUGUGGCCCAAAUGCCGUUACCUGAAGCUGCCUAAGAUCUAUCCUCUAUACGUUCUCGUUGCGCUGUGUAGUUAUAGGUUUAAGUUGUUGCUAACGUGCUAUAAGUCCUCACAUUUAUAUAUUGUUAAGUAUACGAACUUAGGAAUUGAUUAUUUUGUUAGUUCAUUGUGCAUCUGACGUUGAUGAAUCUAGAUACAGAUUUUAUUAGUCUCAAGGCAAAAUAUAAAAACAUUGUUA